CUUGGUCAGGGAACUAAGCCUGCAAGCUGCGCUAAUGGCCAAAAAGAAGGGUGGGGAGGUGGUUAAAAAGGCUUAGUAUGGAAUUUGGGCCUGGGUUAAGUGAUUUGGGGGAGGAUUUGAGUAAGUGGGCUUUUACUCUGGAAUAGAUGUUAGGAAUCAGGGACAAUUUUAUGAUUGAAAGCCUUAAAUAUUUAAAGUGGAAGUCUAACCGGAUAAAGAAGCAGCGAUUACUCGUAUUAGUCAGAAUGGGGGAAACGUUUGGUCUUUUUCUUGUUCCAACGAUAUUCUUGUUUUCAUCUGACUUUAAACGUGAUUACGGAGCAGUCUUGUUUAUGCCUUGCGACAUCAUGGCCCUAGAAUGGCUUUGCACGAUAGUGGUGUUUAGGAAAUUGUCUAUGUCCAACAGGAGAAUCCCAAGGUCUAGCUGUGAGUGCCAGGCCAGCUCCCAGAUGCAAGGGGCAGCGCUCCUGUUUCUCGUAGGAAAGGCCCGUUCACGGGACCGAGGUGUAUCUGCUGGGUGCCAGGCGCAGAGUGAUUCGAGGCGGACAGAAGAGAUACGGCCUCAGUCCUCCGGGAGCCCACAUUGACGUCUGUGCUGUCUUAAACAGAUCGUCCGCAAAGGCAGAGGGAGUGGACCAGACCCAAGGAACAAAGGCCCGGGGGAGGGAGUGGGGAGUGUCGAGAGAGUUAGCAGGGUGGCGGGCGAAGCCACGACUCGCGCCGGGACUGCAGAGGUCGGCGGGGGCUAGACCCUCGAGCACACAGGGCCACCUCUCCCCAGGAACGUGGGCGUUCGCUGCGCUGAUCUGCUCAGAAACAGGGAAAAGAAAUCAAGCCGCUUUAAUCAAAAUAACCCACCCGGGCCUCGAGCUUAUGAAUAUUCAGCAGCCUGCUUCCGGCGGGCAACUCCGCUCCGGCAGCGCCCACCUAGGAGACUGCGGUUGCGUCACUGGCGCGCGACUCUGUCGUCACAGACACGCGCCGCCGCCCGCCUGGGAAGGCAGCUGUCAUGGCGAGCUCGGCCGCCUCUUCUGUGAGGCCGCCGAGGCCCAAGAAGGAGCCGCAGGCGCUCAUCAUCCCCAAGAAUGCUGCGGAGGAGCAGAAGCUCAAGUUGGAACGGCUCAUGAAGAACCCGGAUAAAGCAGUUCCAAUUCCAGAAAAAAUGAGUGAAUGGGCACCUCGACCUCCCCCAGAAUUUGUCCGAGAUGUAAUGGGUUCAAGCGCUGGGGCCGGCAGCGGAGAAUUCCACGUGUACAGGCAUCUGCGCCGGAGAGAGUACCAGCGCCAGGACUACAUGGAUGCCAUGGCUGAGAAGCAAAAAUUGGAUGCAGAGUUUCAGAAGAGGUUGGAAAGGAAUAAAAUUGCUGCAGAGGAGCAGACUGCAAAGCGUCGGAAAAAGCGCCAGAAGUUGAAAGAGAAGAAAUUACUGGCAAAGAAGAUGAAACUUGAACAGAAGAAACAAAGUGAAGAUGUUCACUGGACCUGUCGUGAUUAUUUCAAAACUGGGGUGGAAGGAGCAGUUUAUCAGCCUCAGCACUGUGGACACUCGGCCAGAUGCUCUGAGGGACGGUGUCCUGUCCACUGUAGGGUGUUGAAGAGCAUCCUGGCUUCUACCCCCAGAUGCCAGCAGCGGCCGCCCUCCCCUCCGUCAUCGACAAAAAGAAAUGUCUCCAGACCUUUGCCGAGUGUCUUCCCCAUGGGGGAGAGGGACAGAAGUGUCCCCAGUUAAUACGACUCCUAUUUCAGCUGGCAUCUGGUGUUGGGAAGACACUCAGUUUAUGUUUUGGAUCGAAGUGUUUGAGUGCCACAGUUCUUACCCCUGCUCUCUAUACUGGGAAACCGUGCGUAUCCUUUGUGUCUUCUGAGAGUAAAGGUAAUACAGGAUCACAUUAGAAAUGUUUAGAAUACGCAGGAAAGAAAAAAGUCAAAAAUUAAAAAUUAUCCGUAAUUCUUACUUAAAAAAAUCACUUUAACAUUCUCAUGACGUUUAUUUCAAUAUUUAUCAUAUAAACUUAUUUACAUAAUUAUCAUAUUUGUAGUUGUCCUUUUAUCAUAUUUCAUUGUAUCACAGAUAUUAUUCCAUGUUCUUAUAAUUCCAUGGUGCAAGGAGGGAUUUUUUUUUUCCAGUCUGUUCAUUCAUCUAUUGUCUUGGGUUUUUGUUUGUUUUGCUUUUAUUAAAGUUAACAUCAGCCUCAAUUACACUCAGUGGCAUUUUACCUAGUAUUCUUACAGUCUUGUGAAUGAAAUCUCAGAUACCUAGAUUGUAAAAUCGUCUGUAAACAGUAGUGUAAGAAUAAUGGGAAAGGUCAAGAAUCAUCAUUCUAAUAGACCACCUUUCUUUCUGUCCACUUUCUUCUUCUUUUUACAUGUUUGUUUGACGGUGUUGGGUCUUCGCUGCGGCGUGCAGGGCCCUCCAUGGCAGCGCGGGCUCAGCGUCGCGUUGCUGGUGCGCAGUUGCCCUGAGGUGUGUGGGGUCUUAGUUCCCCGGCGAAGGAUGAAGCCCGCGUCCCCCACACUGCAGGGCGGACUCCCAGCCUCUGGACCCCCAGGGACGUCCCUGUCCGUUUUGUUUUAAUCCCACCAUGUGAGCAUAUCACGUAUAUUAGUUACAAUUGUAGUGUAUGAACAUGUUCCCGUUUGCUUACUUUUAUUUAACAUUAUAAGACUUCUUGUCCUUCAUAACUUUUUCAGUGACUGAUCAUAUCCAGCAAGUGACAUGCCAUGAUAUACCUAACACUUUCCUUUUGUUAGACAUUAGACUGAUUCCAGUUUUUCUCUUCUUUAGAAGAUAUUUUAGUGAAUUUAUGAACCUGUCUCCCUUCUCCCUUUCUGGGUAAAAUUCCAGCAGUGGCAAUUAUUAGAUCACAGAAUAUAAAAAGAGUUUUUGGCUCUUGAAAUGUAUUGCCAGUUUCUUUUCCAAAGAAGUAGUACCA